AAGCUGCACAGUGCACAGAGACUCAGACUGUUCUGACGUCUUGGAUGUGGGUGGAUCACAAACUUUACAACCUCUACUGGCUCUGUGUGCUUUCGACAUUCUUUCUUAGAAGUUUCAUUUCUGAGAUAUACAGCACUGAAGCCCACAGACAAAAGAAAGUCAUGGCAGUCCAACAGCAGGUUACCACAGUGGUGUCUCACACAGGAUACAGUUCCGGGACCUGGACUACAGGCAUCUGUGACUGCUGCUCUGAUAUGAGCACUUGUUGCUGUGCUCUGUGGUGUUUCCCAUGUAUGCAGUGUCAGACUGCUUCUCAGUUUGGAUGGUGUUUCUGCAUGCCUCUUUUGGACUGCUGUCUGAUUGUCUCCUGCUGCCUUCGUAGCAAGAUAAGAGAGCGCUACGGCAUUCAUGGCUCAUGUUGUGAUGAUUUCUGUACAGUGUGUUGCUGCUACACCUGUGCCUGGUGCCAAAUGUCACGUGAAAUUAAAACUCGCGCUCGAGCUGGCAGCGGUGCUACUGUAAUCACUCAGCAGAUUAUGGCCUAACUUAUCUUUUUUCUAUUUCAGAGUUAAAAUGCAUUACUGUGAAUUAAUGCUUCUAUUGUAUACUAUUCACCUUUAUUUUGAAUUUUUUAACUUCUGAUCACAGAGUAUAGAACGUAUAUACAAAUAAAUGUUUUCUGUUAUAGUAACCAGUAUAAAUGAUUUUUAUAUACUGCUUUAGCUUUACAUAUUCCCCUUGCAACAUGUUUCUAAUUUUAUAAAAAUGCAUACAGCUAGUCUUAAAGCCCUUUUAUUGGUUUUGUAUGCAAUUCUGAGUGUUGUUUAUCAUAUAUAUAUAUAUAUAUAUAUAUACAGUGUUGCUUGAAAGUUUGUGAACCCUUUUAUCAAGAAUUAUUGCAAAUUCUAAACAAUUACUGCAUAAUCUAAAUAUUACAUUUUGCUUUCUGUGGCCACUGUCUUACUAAAAUUAUAUAAGAGGAAGUUGUCUAUUGUCCUUUUGUAAAUGUCAGCAGUUUUCUUGAGCAUAGCAGGGUAAGCUGAUAUCAUAUUUCAAUGUUAUCUAGAAGACUGCGAUCUAUAGUAUCAAAUCCUGCACUAAGCACAAGCAACACAACUCCAUAGUAAGCCAAUCAUAGGUCAUUUAUCAAUUUAAUCAGUGCUGACUUGAAUAUAGUUCCUAUGCAAGUAUGAGCCCAACUGCUGAGCAACCAUUUCUAGUAUCAGGAAAGUGAGGGGCUAGGUCUGUGUGAGAAUAAUUGUAUAAAAUACUUUUCUGAUAAUGUUGACGUUCUGUACAAAGCACAAUGUUCUUUUCUUACACACACUCACAUACACACACACACACACACACAGCUUGACCUUAGCAUACAUAACCUCCUCUCCUUAGCACUGCUAUCUGCUAUGAAAGAAGUUAUGAAAAACAUGAUACUGCAGCUGGGAGGUUUCCUGCUUCAUGAUAACAGUCAAGGUAUCUUCUACAGAUACUAGCAUUAAGCUCCACACCCACAUUAUGUCCUUCCUUUUUUGUACUACUAUAUAUUCAUGUUUGACAUAAUAAAGUUUGACUUCUCUUUGAAA